AUGAAUUCUAAUGAUUCUCGCAUCUCCUAUAAGGAGGAAUCAGUAUUUUCGUUUGAAGAAGAAACGUUUGAGAGAUCUCUGAGUGCUGGUAGUGUCCAGUGUUCAUUUGAUUACGUAAACGCGUCUCAAAUCUCGGAGUAUUCUGAGUUUUUACGCUUCUUUGACAUGGAGUAUUCCUGGGAUUGUGGAAGCCAACAUUCUGCCGGUGAACUCUUCCAAAUCUCACAGUCGUCUCAACAAAUGCUUCAAUCUUGCUCAACUGCAGUUCCGGAUAGCACAAAUGAAUGCAUCUAUGACGUGAAGAGAAAGCGUAACAUUUUGAAAGAAAAACUCAUCAAGUGGAAAAUCAUGAAAGAAUGCCAAGUCAAACCUUUCCAACCUUCAAAUGUGCCACGCGUCACUAGAGUUGUCGAUGGGGAAAACCUUGUUGAAGUUUGCAAGUCAAAAGGUGUGACAUACUACUAUAUCGAAAAUGGCUUGAUUGGCGAAGGUGGAUUUGGUGGAGUUUUCAAGGGUUAUGCCAUAAAAGGAACCAAAAAAACACCGGUCGCCCUGAAAUUUAUAGAUUAUAAAACGGUUCGUGAGUAUCGCAAGGAUAAAGACCUCGGUGAUGUACCAAGUGAAGUGUAUUUCCUGAAGAAGAUGAAAGAUUAUCCAAAUGUCAUCAAGUUCUAUCAUUAUCAGUCUUUAUCAUCUGAGGAAUUUGUGAUCAUUUGCGAAAGACCGACUCAUUGCAAAGAUCUCCGAAGCCUCAUGUGGGACGUAGGAGGUUUCUUCACCGAGGAUGAAACUCAACAAUGCAUGAAGAAGGUAUAA